UCGUUAAAAGUUCAUUCUCACCUUAGAAUUACGCUGUAGUUGCAUAACGUCACAUAACUUGUCACCAAUAUUACCCAUAUUUAGAAAAUCCAUAAAAAUACCUCAACCAAUUCUCGAGUUACAACGCUAUUCUACUAAGGUUACUUGCCCCGUGGACAUCGACAAAAACCGUGCAGCCUGCGUUUCUAUGUGAGCGUGUCGUCGCGUACCGACACGCACGCACACAUACAAGCCCGCAUACCGAACUGCGCGCGCGCAGGAGAAACCGUGCGCUUUGCAUUCAACACUCAGUUGUAAAGCAACUUUAGAGGUCAUCAAACGCUUUAUAGGGACCCCUUAUAACUUCACACGUCAAAUUAUUUUGACAUAUUUAUUAAAACUAUCAAAAAUACUGCGUUAAAAGUCAUACUGUCUUCAAAAACAAGUUACAGUGAACAAGUGUUGGUCGAAAGUUAUCGUGCCAUGAACAUUGUCAUUUGGGUUCAGACGUGUUAAGUUCCCUAAGUUGGUUCAAGUUGAGUUUAAUUAAGUUUGUGUUAAGUGAAACUAUGAGUGUGAGUGUUCAGUGAUCUGUCAUGUUGGAUAUGGAAGGAUUUGACUCCAAUUGAAAAUGUGGGAAAACAUUUUCUACGUAAAAUCUGUUCGGAAAAAGGGGACCUGUGUAUAGGGUCUCGCGAUGUCGAGCGGCAGUUGUUCUGGGCCGGGAGUAUGUGGGGGCGCGCGGCGUCGGCCUCCCCCCCCUCCGGAGCCAGCUCUUUCCCUCGCCGCAGACCUGAGCGAGCUGAGCCUCGACCAGGGUUAUCACACGCUUGCAGACUGCGGACCCCCAAGAAGAAGAAGGGAUAAUACACUGAAUGAUGCGCUGUGGUUGAAGAUAUUGUCAUAUUUGGAGGUGUCGGACUUAUGUCGCAUGUCUCGAGUAUGUCGGAGAUGGGCUCGGCUAACCACCCGCCUGAUUACGAGGCCAGAAGUCUGGAGGAGAGUCAGGGCAGCUGGACCCCUGGAGAUCGCAGCCCGAUGUGCGGGCGCGAGAGCUGGACCUUGUGUCAAUUCCGUUAGGGAGUGGAGGUCGAAGAACUGCGCGGUCACAGUAGCGAGUGCGCAGCUGCUGGUGGCUACCUUCAGGAACCUGACGCACCUCGCCGUGACCGGCUCCAGCAGUAUGGACGCCAGAGCCAUGGCGCCUCUCAUAACCGACCUCCCGGAUUUGAGGCAUAUUGACCUUACAGGUUGUCCAAACGUGGACUGGCCAGACUGGGCGUGGUUGGAAACGCGGCUGGCGACGAGACGACCCCCCGUGGAGUACAUAGACCUGACGGACUGUGGGUCUGUGACGGACGCCGGACUCUGCGCCCUGCUCCACACCUGCCCCUCCCUGCAGUACUUGUACCUUAGGAGAUGUACUCUAGUCACAGAUGCGGGUGUCCGGUGGAUCCCGUCCUACUGCGCGCUCAAGGAGCUGAGUGUGUCCGACUGUACUGGCGUCACGGACUUCGGACUGUACGAGCUCGCCAAACUUGGGCCUGCGUUACGAUACCUUUCUGUUGCCAAGUGUACACAGGUAUCAGAUUCUGGCAUUCGUACCUUAGCUCGAAGGUGCUAUAAGCUCCGGUAUCUCAACGCGAGAGGAUGCGGGGCGUUAGGAGACGAUGGAGUGGAGGCCAUAGCCAGAGGCUGUUCCAGACUAAGAGCUCUGGACUUGGGGGCUACCGAUGUCUCCGAACCAGGGUUGCAGAUCUUGGCUCGAUGCUGUCCAAAUUUGAAGAAACUUGCUCUCCGGGGCUGUGAACUGAUCGGAGACGAUGGUCUGGAGGCCGUGGCUUACUACUGCCGAGGGUUGACGCAGCUCAACAUCCAAGAUACACCAGUCACGUUAAGAGGGUACAGAGCUGUCAAGAAAUACUGCAAGAGAUGUGUCAUUGAACAUACGAAUCCUGGAUUCUGUUGAAAUUCUUUAAGCUGAAGUGGGGAAAUGUUCAACAGGAGUAAGGAAAACGAGAGAAGUUGAAUGAAUAAACAAAAAAUGUGAAGGAAAACUCGAGGAAAUCGAUAGGAUGGUCUGGUUUGGAAGGAGGUUACGUCUAAUGAUGAGAAAAGUAAUAGUUUUGAAAAAGGAGGCAUAUUUCUUGGAAAAAAAAAUUAAAUGGAAAUAUCAUAAAGAAAUCUUCAUAGAGAGCUUGAGCAACAGCAAU